ACUUCAAUCUCACAUUGUUCCAAUUCAGUACCUGCCCAGAGGCAAAGCAGCAGAGGACGUGCACCAUAAAUAAGUUAAAGCUUAAUUUUCCUUUCAUGCUACAUCUGGUGACGCCAGGGUAAAGAGUUGAUUCUGACCUCAACGGUCUUUCAUGUGGAAUGAGUCAACAGGCUGAAAGACAAUGGAUGAGAUUUGUGUAAAUGUAAAGCGUCUUGAAGAAAAUGAAGAACAAUGCACACAUAAAGAUAAGACAGACCCAGAUACGGUGGAGGAAAAGCUAAUCAGCUCUAAUGAGCGUUCAUGGAAACCAUGGCAACAAUCGCGGUCACGCAUCAGAGAGUGUGUGCUAUAUGUGAAGAAGGUUCUGGUGUCUUUUGCUAGCAUGGAGUGGUACUGUUAUGCCCUUUUAGGGAUCAUCACCGCUCUAAUGAGCUUCUUCAUGGACAUGACUGUGGCCAAGCUGCUAAAUGCUCACCAAUGGCUGUACGGUUGUCUGAAGGGUCACCACCUGCUGCAGUUCCUCUGCUGGACGCUUUACCCAGCCUGCCUCUGUGCUCUGUCCACCGGCUUUGCCCACAGUAUCUGCCCAUUCUCUGCAGGCUCUGGUGUUCCUGAGGCGAGGGCUAUUCUCUUAGGGAUGGACAUGCCAGAUUAUCUGUCCCUCUCCAAUCUGUUUGCUAAACUGUUUGGCCUGAUAUGCACACUAGCUUCAGGCAGCACAGUCUUUCUCGGCAAAGUGGGUCCAUUUGUCCAUUUAUCUGUCAUGGUGGGUGCGUUCAUGAAUCGCCUGCAUGUUUCCUGUCGUGGUGGAAAGCAGAGAGCAGCUAAAGGAGAAAUGCUGGUUGUGGCGUCAGCAGUGGGCGUCGCGAGCUGUUUUGGGGCUCCAGUCAGUGGCGUUCUGUUCAGUAUAGAGGUGAUGGGGACUCAUUAUUCAGUCAGAGAUUACUGUCCCUGCUUCUUUGCAGCAGCUUGCGGAGCAAUCACCUUCAGGCUGCUUUCUGUCUGUAGUAGAGAUCAAGAAACAAUCCAGGCCCUGUUUAAAACCAGCUUCUCUAGUGAUCUGCCUUACCAGCCUUUUGAAAUAUUCAUUUUCGCUCUGCUUGGGCUGUUCUGCAGUAUUCUCAGCUGUAUUUACUUAUUCUUUCAUCGCUGGGCUCUGCGUUUUGUCAAAACAAACAAACCCAUCAGCAGAUUUCUGGCAACAGAAAAGGCACUUUAUUCAGCCAUUGUGGCAUUUCUCCUAGCCUGCUUUACGUUUUAUCACUCAGCGGGACAUUUCAUUGCUGCUGAGCUUACAAUGAAACAGCUGCUUACUUCACUGUUAGACGGCAAUUCCUGGUACACCGUUUCCCAGAAUGCCUCUGUCCUGCCUGAGCCUCAGAACACAUUCUGGCAGGCUUGGAACCCACCUGGCAGAAGUUACUUCCAAACACUAGGAUUUUUCAUUACUGCGAAGGUUGGGCUGUUGGUCGUGGCUUGUACUUUGCCUUUACCUGCUGGCUAUUUCAUGCCAGUUUUUGUUUACGGUGCUGCAGUGGGGCGUUUAGUAGGCGAGGGCUCGGCCUAUCUGCUCUCAGAUGGAAUCUCAUCAACAAAGAGUUUGAUAAACCCGGGCGGCUAUGCUUUAGCAGGAGCAGCCGCCUUCUCUGGGGCUGUGACACACACGCUCUCUCCUGCCCUAUUGGCUCUGGAAAUGACCGGCCAAUGCUCACACGCAGUCCCUGCUCUGGUUGCUACGCUGGUAUCCAACGCAGUAGCUCGCGCAAAGCACCGUCCAUCUUUCUACGAUGGUCUAUCCCUUAUUAAACAGCUUCCGCACUUGCCAUCUCUCAUCCGGGCUUGUCCAAAGUUGGCCAAUGUUCAGAUCAAGCGGUUUGCAGUCCCAGCGGGAGCCGUGCUGAAGAGGACAGAGACACUGACAAGUGUGCAGCACAUCCUAAACGACAGCACAGACACUGAAGUUCCUGUGGUGGACUCUCACGACUCCCCUAUUCUCCUGGGAACAAUCAACAAAUCACAGCUGCGGGAGUGUCUGGAAGAGCAUAGAAAUGAGGGUUCAUGUAAACAGCUAGAAGAAGUAUGUUCUAUUCAACCUGUACGGCUACAUCUGACUCCUGAAACCACCGUAAAGCAGGCUCAUUGUAUCAUGAGUGUCACGGGUGAGCAGCGUUUGUUUAUAACGGAGAGUGGGCGGCUGUGUGGCGUCAUCACAUGGAAAGAGAUGAAGAAAAUAAUUGAAGAGAUGGCAAAGGAAGUCUGAAGCAUGGACAGCAUGGACAUCAGAAUUCAGGACAGUCAUCAAUGUGUGCCUUCUAUUUUUAAUAAUCAUAGUUAAUAUUUUAUCUGCUGGAGAUUUUACAUGGAUCAUUAUGUGGGGAUCAAUGAAGAAUUAUUCAUAGUGAAAUAAUAAAGAAACAUUAUUAAAUGAAGCAGCAGUUUAGUAUGGUACAACAGGGAGAAAAUCUCUCCAAGGUAAAAUAUUUUAUUUUAUUUUUUUUUAAUCAAAAAUAGCAACAAACACCACCAGAACACUUUACUGAACAUCUUGACAAAAGGUUAAUUUUGAGGUAGAUUGAUCUACCUUAAAAUAUACAUUUAAAUAUAUUUUUAAAAUAUUCUUUAAAAGUAGAUUCAUAGGACUAAUGAGAAUAUCUAAAAUUAUGACGUAUAUUUUGUGACAAAAAAAAAAUGCGUUUUAUGAUUUUCAGUUUUUGUGAAGGUGAUUAAAUCAAUAGAUAUUUAAUAACCAUCUAAUAAGUGGAAAGAUUUUUGAUAUUGACAAAGCCCCUUUUAUUGCAUCUUGAAAAGACCCAAAUAUGCCACCAAAGAGAUUAUGCUGGAUGUAGAGGAAAAUUCAAUUAAAUGUUUAUACAUAAAUGUUGCUUAAAAUAUUUUGCUAAACCAAAUGUAUCUACAUAUGCAUAUUUUGACCUAUCACUGUUGCUUUAGGUUAGGUUAGUUCACCCAAAAAUGAAAAUAAUGUCAUUUAUUACUCACCCUCAUGCCGUUCCACACCCAUAAGACCUUCGUUCAUCUUCAGAACACAAAUUAAGAUAUUUUUGAUCAAAUCUGAUGGUUCAGUGAGGCCUGCAUUGCCAGCAAUGUCACCGAAUCUCUCAAGAUCCAGAGAGGUACUAAAGGCAUAUUUAAAACAGUUCAUGUGAGUACAGUGGUUCAACCUUAAUAUUAUAAAGCGACGAGAAUACUUUUUGUGUACUAAAAAAAACAAAAUAAUGACUUUUCAACAAUAUCUAGUGAUGGGCGAUUUCAAAACACUGCUUCGAAGUUUUACGUUUUAAAUAAAUGUUUGGGUCACGUGAUUUCAGUAAACACGGCUUCGUUUACGCGAUCCGAACCACUGAUUUGAAACAAAAGAUUCGUUAAGCUUCGAAGCUUCAUGAAGCAGUGUUUUGAAAUCGCCCAUCACUAGAUAUUGUGUCCAUGGAUUUUAAUCAAAGCAAACUUCUUUUAUUAUUUCUUUUUCACAAAUUGUGUUUCCCCACCAAUUUUAAAUAUAACAGAAUAUAUAUUCUUGAACAGUCAUACACUUUGCUGCCAGUUACAACUAAAGGGGAUAUUUAGGGCCCUAUUGUACCCUAUUGCUGUCAAGCAUUGUGGAUGGAUCCGAUGAAUAUUAUGUGCAUGUCUAGAGUUUGAAUGAAAUGAGAGAUCUGUUUGUAACCUCAUGCAGCUUGUUAGCUUUGUGAGCCUCACACUGGGAGAAAAGAGCAGAACAAAGGCUUCAAUAAUAAACAGCCUUCGUUUGAUUUUUCAA